CGCAAGUAUCAAUAAUUUCGAUAUUCUUUUGUUUCUGUAACUGUAAAUCGUAUUACCAUUUCUAGCUAGCUAGUGAUUCUAUUUCGAAUUUUGUUGAACGAAAAGUUUUAAAAAUUCAAAGUAUCGAGAACAAUCGAUAGUUAUCGUAUAAAUACACUGUUGAGAAAUUUCCAACAUUAUCGAUCUCCGGCGUGUUGGUUCGACUUGUAUUCGACUAUCAAUAGUCUGUGAAUGUCGCAAAACACCAAACAAAUGAUGUAGAGGUUAAGAUACAGUGUUUAACGGUAAAAUGACAGACGAGAAAGCUCAGACGCAAGAGUUCAAGUUAGACCCAGACUGCGAGUUGAGAUUUGAAGUUGAAUCUAAAAAUGAGAAGGUUACGCUAGAGUUGAAAAGCGGACUAGCAGAGGUUUUUGGCACAGAACUUGUGAAAGGCAAGAAGUAUGAAUUUAUCGCCGGUGCUAAAGUAGCUGUGUUCACUUGGCAAGGCUGUACGGUUGAGUUAGUGGGAAAGACUGAUGUUAGCUACGUAGCUAAAGAGACUCCAAUGGGCCUCUAUUUAAAUUGCCAUGCAGCAAUGGAAAGACUCAGGGAAGCUGCAGAAAAGGAGGACACCAGGGGCCCAAUAACAAUGGUUGUUGGCCCAUGCGACGUUGGGAAGUCAACUCUUUGCAGGCUUUUAUUGAAUUACGCGGUUAGGAUGGGACGCAGGCCAAUCUUUGUGGACUUGGAUGUAGGCCAAGGCCACAUAGCAAUACCUGGCACUGUUGGAGCACUGCUGGUUGAACGUCCUUCCAACGUAGUUGAUGGAUUCAGUCAGCAAGCACCCUUAGUGUUUCACUUUGGACACAAAACGCCACAAGCCAAUGUUGCUCUUUACAAUCUUCUUGUAACUCGCCUUGCAGAGGUCUGUUCUGACAGACUUCAAGCGAACAAAAAGGCCAGGGUGUCGGGGAUCGUGAUAAACACCUGUGGCUGGGUGAAAGGGGAUGGAUAUAAGUUAUUGACACACGCUGCCCAGGCAUUCGAGGUGGAUGCGAUUCUGGUACUGGAUCAAGAGAGGCUGUACAACGAGCUUGUCAGAGACAUGCCAGACUUUGUUAAAGUUGUGUUCCUGCCGAAGAGUGGUGGAGUUGUUGAGAGGAGUCAGGCUCAAAGAACAGAGGCCAGAGAUCAGGGUGUCAGGGAAUACUUCUACGGUUCCAGAACACCGCUCUAUCCGCACAGUUUUGAGGUGAAAUGGAGCGAGGCCAGAUUGUACAAAAUCGGAGCUCCAGUCCUCCCUGCGUCGUGCAUGCCGCUUGGAAUGAAGGCGGAAGAUAAUCUGACGAAACUGGUAGCUGUUACACCAGGGCCAAACCUCCUUCAUCACUUGUUAUCUGUCUCGUUUGCUGAUUCACCGGAGGAUGACGUAGUGCAAACCAAUGUAGCUGGAUUUGUCUGCGUGACCAACGUCGACGUUGAUAGACAAACGUUUACAGUCUUGAGCCCGCAACCACGACCAUUGCCAAACACAGUCUUACUCUUAUCAGAUAUACAAUUUAUGGACAGUCAUUGACGGUUUUGUGCAGUACAUUAAGUUUAUUUA